AUGUUAUCUAAAGAUCCAUUCUAUGCUGUUCGUUUCGGUCGAGCUGAAAAUCUCUUUUCACAAAUAGACAAAGAUGAUUUGAUGUUAUCGAUAAAUGAAAAUGAAAAGAAUUUACUUCAUCCUACAAUUGUUACUUUUCCAUCUGCUGAGAAUAAAUUCAAAAUGGAUUUAGGCACAGAAGAUAAAACUAUACCCAGUCAUGAAAUAGCUCGUUGUUUUGGUUGUGGUGCACAACUUCAAUGUUCUGAUCGAACGAAAGCAUAUGAGGUCGAUGAACAAGUCUAUACAGAUAUUCAAGCAGAAAUUAAAAGAGAAUGUGUCUUGAUUAUUUUAGUUGUCGAUCUUCUUGGUACACCUAAUUCAAUUAGCCGAUCAUGGGCACAUUGCGUCGACCAAACAUCUCAGCUGACAAAGUCCUCAUUGAAUAUUGUAACUGUUCUCGGAAACAAAGUUGAUCUUUUGCCAAACGGUGGUGUUUAUCUGCCUGGUGCAACUAAUACGGGCAAGAGUAGUUUAUUCAAUAGUUUAAUUGAUUCAGAUCUGUGUCAUAUUCAUGCACUUGAUUGUAUUCAACGUGUGACCAUAUCGAAUCUUCUCCUUUUUACUCAGGAACGACAGUGA